GAUAAGGUGAAAAGUGGAUCAGUUUUACUUCUAGACGUUUCCUUCAGCGAGUCAGUUUCCUUGUUUGGCCUCUGCAUAAUUUUUGAUCCUGGGGUCACCAUGUGUGUUCCCGAGUUCCACAAGGACAUCCCUCCUGCAGCCUUCUACGCAAUCUUCCUCCCGCUGUUCGUGGUGGGGACUGCCGGGAAUGGUCUAUACAUGUUCGUGAUCGCCCGCCAUCAGAAUAUGUUGACAACGACGAACAAACUGAUCUUCAGUCUCUGUCUGGCGGACACUAUCAUCAUCAUCAGCUCCGCGGUGGCGCCCGUACUGGACAACGCCGCAAACGUUCCUUUCUCUGUCUGUGGACUAAUACAGUUCCUGAGGGAGACGGCGGUCGGUGCGCUGGUGUAUACCCUGGUAGUCCUGUGUGGAGAAAGAUACUACUCCUUUGCCUACCCCGAGGACGCCCAAAGCAUCACUCCCAGGGUUGCCAACUUUAUGGCUAUCGCUGUAUGGAUCUUGGCGGGGUUCCUCGCCCUUGGCAAAUUCCUAAGUUUGGACUCCACAUGCACGAGGAAAGGUUGGAUGAUUAGUUCCAAAGAGCUCGUUAGCGAUUAUUCAAUCGUAGGAUUCGUGGUUAUAUACUUUCUACCUAUAUUUUUUACAACUAUGUUCUACGUACUGAUGGGUCGAGAGUUCUAUCUCACAAACCUCCCCCUGGAAUCUGUAGAAGCACUCAGACUGAUGGAGGCGAAGAAGAGGUUGACACGGGUGGUCUUCGCCCUGACCUCUUCAUUCAUUUUGUUCUUUGCCCCUUACUACACGAUUCGCUUAUUGGUGUAUUUCGACUGCCAGAAACUAGAAAACUGGACUCAUUUUACCGCGAUAAUAUUGUACUUAACUAAUGUGUACCCCUGCACCAAUCCAGUUGUUCUGUACGUGACCAGUGCGUUGUGCAGGAAAGUUGUCAACCAGUAUCUGUGCAAUCGGGAACAACAGUCAGUAGUUGAGUCUGAAAAAACUGAUUCCCCGAAAGAACUUGAACUUCCUGACGAACCCAGGACCAGAGUGACAUCACUGUAGCAAACUCUCAAACUGGGUACAUAUCGCUGGGAUUUCUGUACCACCAAAAUGUGUAAGCUUAGAAUUUUACAAAACAGUACUUUUUUUGGCUAAGAAAAUUGUUAGCGGAAAUUUAAUUUGAUAAAAAAUGUAUAGUAUGAUGUAAACUUUUAAUAUCAAACAUUUUUAACUUCUAGUUUGUUGUAAUGAAAGUGAACUUAGUUGUAGAGUUACAUUUUACCAUAUUACUUUAUAGCGGUUAUUUUUAAUAUUAACAUUUUUUGUAUAUUUAAAUAAUGGCUAUUUUUACUGUGUAUUAUUACUAGUAUGCGUUGAUAUCAUGGGAUGUACAGGACUUGAUGUAAUGUUUAGAAAAUAAAUACUUUUUUAAUUUAA